AUGCUCGCCACUUCAAGACAGGAGAAGCAUGCCAAUAUCAAUCUUGAUCGUGCUAUCUUCUUCUCACCCAACACCCUCAAACAUUCCCAAUCCACCACUCUAAGACACUUACCCUUCUCACAACUCCCUCCAUCAUCCCCAGUUCCCGCUUCACAAUCCCCACGACCUGCACAAUAUCUGUCACGCUCUGCCAGGCCACUUCUUCCCCCCAAACCCCCUACGCUGCCACCAAAGCCGAAUCGCACCUCCUAUCCUCAGUCUCUUGCAAACACUGCUCAUCUCCCGCCUAUUCCUCUCCCUCAGAGUCUGAAAGCUGCAUCACCAACACCACCUUUUCGGCAGGGUGAAUUUGAGAGAAUAACGCAUGGGUCGCUGCCAACACCAGACUUCAGUUCGCUUACCCAUGCUACCAAAGCGGAAACUUUAGCAGACCGAGUGCCUACGCUACUACCCACAGCCGAGUCGCCAAUCAACCACCAUGGUGCAGGGGAUCUAAAUGUUGGGUUCUCCCCUCAACACGUACGUCUUCGUACCGGUGAUUCACCCGAUUCUACACGGCAUGGCUCGGACGCGAGGCAAAGACAGACUAUCGGCCAACCCCCAUGUAUCACUGGGAAUGAUCAGAGCAACCUGAAUAAGGACACCGGCGUUGCCAAUGUCUCCAAAUCACCAACUCUCUCAUCCCCAUAUCACGCAGCAUGGAACCAAGCAUCAACUAGUUUUGGCGACACCUUAUCGCCUGGGGAUCCAUUGUUAUCCUGCUCAUCUACACAAGCUAAAAUCCCGGAGACCAAAAGGCCAAAUACGUCGAUCUUGGAAAACCUUGACAUAAACCCAGGCCAACCAUCAGAAGACUAUGGCCAAUCUAUGCAGCAUUUUUCAACUACACAAAGUCAGCUCAGUACUUUGCCCAGUACUUUGCUUUCGAGGAUAGACACGACGGUUAGCAUCAGGCAUCCUCGUGUCAAAGUCGCAGCGAGCCAAGAUAAACAAUCCACUGUGUCGUACUAUAGCCGCAAGAUUAAUGACGCCCCUUCCGAAGCUCGCAAGAAUAUUUCCAAACGGACAUUGUCGUCGCUUGAGGGGAGUACCAAUACGGCGGUAAACAAAAGUCCUACUCCUCAUUGUCUCCUUGCAUGUCCAGACAGCGAUUAUGAUGAGCGUAUCCAAUUUCGAAAGCGUUGCCAGUCCGUUGCUGCUAUUGACGCAUAUGACAGCGACAGGGAAGCCGUACGAGGGGAGCUGAAGCAUGCAAUGCGGUCGAGUUGCCCGCCGCGAUGUCCCGAAGAGGGUGACGGCAACAUCUUUGGCGAUCUACGUCAGUCCAAUGAGACCCAGCAACCGUGCGCUUACUUCGAGGAAUUCCCUAUACAUCAAGCCAUGCUCAAAUGCGUUCGAAUUGGAGACGAAACCACGUUUUGUGUGACUGGAUUCUGUGAAGAGAUUUCACAUCCUUGCCUUGCCCCAGAUGCGACCGACUCCGUACGAAUCGAGCUGAGUUCAGCUACCUUUGAGAUGAGAUCUAGAGGCGCUAGUAAGCGACAGAAAUUGUCUCCGCGCAAACAGCAACCAAGCAGCCUAUCUACAAAUAGGUCAAGAAAAAGCUGGACUUCAGCCGAAGAUAGGACGAUAAUGAUCUUAAAGCAAGCCGGUAAGGGAUGGCCCGAGAUUGCCGCAGCCCUACCGGAACGUACCGAAGCAGCUGUCCGGGCUCGGUACUUUGGCAAAUUGGCGAAAGUCACUGGACCAACUAUCGAAGAUCAAGACGAAUUUGAGGUCGAAGCGUUGCUAGCUCGGCGGAAAGGAUCAAGGACUGAAUACCUCGUUCAAUGGAAAGGCUAUCCUGAUGAAGAGAAUUCCUGGGUAGCACAAGACGACAUUAGUACCGAGCUGGUGAUUGAGUAUGAAAGGAAUCACGCAAUACAUGGCGGCCUUUUCAGUGGGAUCAGUCUGUUAAAGCAAGAUCGCCGUGGCGGCGACGAUAACAAGUACCUCGUGCAGUUCCGGGGAAGGCCGAGCGAAGAAAACAUGUGGGUUUGUAAUUCCGAGGUAAGUGGCAAGUUGAUCGAUGAAUUCAACAAAUUACAUAGGGAAGGCUGA